AAGCAUUUAUUCCACUGGGAUAGAGGAGGAGGAGGAGGCGGCGGUGGCUGGAGCGGAGCCGGGAAGCACCCCGAAAAAACCAUGGCUGCUGCUGGUGCUGCUGGGAUGCAAGGGAUGGUCUGCGUCGCCCUGGUCUCGCUUCUGGUGCGGAGCUGCGGAGGGGUCACCGGCUCCAGGGUCUACCCUGCCAACGAAGUUACUCUGCUGGAUUCCAGAUCAGUCCAGGGUGAGCUUGGGUGGAUAGCCAGUCCAUUGGAAGGAGGGUGGGAGGAAGUGAGCAUUAUGGAUGAGAAAAAUACUCCCAUCCGCACGUAUCAAGUCUGCAAUGUGAUGGAGCCAAGUCAAAACAAUUGGUUACGAACUGAUUGGAUUCCACGUGAAGGGGCUCAGAGGGUUUAUAUUGAAAUCAAGUUCACACUAAGAGACUGCAACAGCCUGCCAGGUGUCAUGGGAACUUGCAAAGAGACUUUUAACCUCUAUUACUAUGAGUCGAGCAAUGACAAGGAGCGCUUUAUUCGGGAAAGCCAGUUUGCCAAGAUUGAUACUAUUGCUGCUGAUGAGAGCUUCACUCAGGUGGACAUUGGGGACCGGAUCAUGAAACUCAAUACAGAGAUACGUGAUGUGGGGCCAUUAAGCAAGAAGGGAUUUUACCUGGCUUUCCAGGAUGUCGGGGCUUGCAUUGCCUUGGUGUCUGUCCGGGUUUUCUACAAGAAGUGUCCGCUGACAGUCCGCAACUUAGCUCAGUUUCCAGACACCAUCACUGGAGCUGAUACCUCUUCUCUGGUGGAGGUCCGUGGCUCAUGUGUCAACAAUUCAGAAGAGAAGGAUGUGCCAAAAAUGUACUGUGGAGCAGAUGGUGAAUGGCUAGUCCCAAUUGGCAACUGCCUAUGCAACGCCGGGUAUGAAGAGCGAAAUGGAGAAUGCCAAGCUUGUAAGAUCGGAUACUACAAGGCCCUCUCAACAGAUGUUGCCUGUUCUAAGUGCCCGCCUCACAGCUUCUCCAUCUGGGAAGGCUCUACCUCGUGCACCUGUGACCCGGGCUUUUUUCGAUCAGAAAAUGAUGCUGCUGCCAUGCCCUGCACUCGCCCUCCAUCUGCCCCUGAGAACCUGAUCUCCAACGUCAAUGAAACAUCAGUAAACUUGGAAUGGAGCCCUCCUCAGAACAGAGGUGGUCGUGAGGAUAUUUCCUACAAUGUGGUGUGCAAAAGGUGUGGAGCCAGUGACUUGAACCGUUGUCGGUCCUGUGGCAGUGGUGUACAUUUCAGCCCACAGCAGAAUGGCUUGAAAACUACCCGAGUUUCCAUUACUGACCUUUUGGCACACACUAACUACACCUUUGAAAUCUGGGCAGUGAAUGGAGUCUCCAAGCAGAAUCCGAGCCCAGACCAGGCUGUUUCUGUCACGGUGACAACUAACCAAGCAGCUCCAUCUCAAAUUGCUUUGAUCCAAGCUAAAGAAAUAACAAGACACAGUGUGGCAUUGGCUUGGCUGGAACCUGACAGACCAAAUGGAGUAAUCUUGGAAUACGAAGUCAAGUACUACGAAAAGGAUCAAAAUGAACGUAGUUAUCGCAUUGUGAAAACUGCAGCCAGAAAUACAGAUAUCAAGGGCUUGAAUCCUUUAACUUCCUACGUCUUCCAUGUGAGAGCAAGGACAGCAGCUGGAUAUGGAGACUUCAGUGGACCAUUUGAGUUCACAACCAACACAGUCCCGUCUCCCAUCAUUGGGGAAGGUACCAACCCCACAGUUCUUUUGGUCUCAGUGGCUGGCAGUGUUGUCCUUGUGGUCAUUCUCAUUGCUGCCUUUGUCAUCAGCAGGAGACGGAGCAAAUAUAGUAAGGCGAAGCAAGAAGCAGAUGAGGAGAAACAUUUGAAUCAAGGUGUUAGAACAUAUGUCGAUCCCUUCACAUAUGAAGAUCCCAACCAAGCUGUACGAGAAUUUGCCAAAGAAAUUGAUGCUUCUUGCAUAAAGAUUGAAAAAGUCAUUGGUGUUGGUGAAUUUGGUGAAGUUUGCAGCGGCCGUCUCAAGGUUCCGGGAAAGAGGGAGAUCUGUGUUGCUAUCAAAACUCUGAAAGCUGGAUAUACAGACAAACAGAGAAGGGACUUCUUGAGUGAAGCCAGCAUUAUGGGGCAGUUUGACCACCCCAACAUUAUCCACUUGGAAGGAGUUGUUACAAAAUGCAAACCUGUCAUGAUCAUAACUGAAUAUAUGGAGAAUGGCUCUUUGGAUGCUUUUCUCAGGAAGAACGAUGGCAGAUUUACCAUAAUCCAGUUGGUUGGAAUGCUUCGUGGCAUUGGCUCUGGAAUGAAGUAUUUGUCUGACAUGAGCUAUGUGCAUCGGGAUCUAGCUGCUCGGAACAUACUUGUCAACAGCAAUUUGGUCUGCAAGGUUUCAGAUUUUGGCAUGUCUCGUGUUUUGGAAGAUGACCCUGAGGCAGCUUAUACUACAAGGGGUGGUAAGAUUCCCAUCAGGUGGACUGCACCAGAAGCAAUUGCCUAUCGUAAAUUUACAUCUGCCAGUGAUGUUUGGAGUUAUGGAAUUGUAAUGUGGGAAGUGAUGUCAUAUGGGGAGAGGCCUUAUUGGGAUAUGUCCAAUCAAGACGUUAUCAAAGCCAUUGAAGAGGGCUAUCGGCUGCCACCCCCAAUGGAUUGCCCAAUUGCUCUCCAUCAGCUGAUGCUGGACUGCUGGCAGAAGGAGCGGAGUGACAGGCCUAAAUUUGGACAGAUUGUCAACAUGCUAGACAAACUCAUCCGCAACCCCAACAGCUUGAAGAGGACAGGCUCUGAAAACUCCAGGCCUAAUACCGCCUUGUUGGAUCCAAGUUCUCCUGAAUUUUCUGCCGUAGUCUCUGUUGGAGAUUGGCUCCAAGCUAUUAAGAUGGAGCGAUACAAGGAUAACUUCACAGCUGCCAGCUAUACUACCCUAGAGGCUGUAGUGCAUAUGAACCAGGAGUAAGUACUCAGCGGUAUAACAAAAAAACUGUGACCUGUCAAGAAUUGGAAUUACUGCCACUGCACACCAGAAUAAAAUUCUGAGCAGCGUCCAGGCAAUGAGGACCCAAAUGCAACAAAUGCACGGCAGAAUGGUUCCGGUUUGAGCCAGUACUGAAUAAACUCUAAACUCUUGAAAUUAGUUUACCUCAUCCAUGCACUUUAACUGAAGAACUGCACUUUUUUACUUCUCCUCGCCGUUUGAAAUAAUAAUAUUAAUAAUAAUUAAAAAAGCGAUUUGCAGCAUUGAUUGAUAUAUAAAGAUUGCCGAGAGUGUUGUGCGGAGAGGACCUACAGAAAUGGCAACCCGUCAUUUGAGAACAGGCCUGGAACAAAUUGUUUCUUGGGAUAUACUUCUCUGUGGAUCAACAUUGUGUAAUAUACAUGUAUCUAUAUAACAUCACACACAAAUUCUGAUGCUGUGUCUGCUGCCAGAUACUGUACUAAAAGGAAGGAAAGCAUUAUUGUUCCACCAGCAGCCAUUGGGAUUACAAUCAUUGUGUUUGAUCUGUGGGAUAAACCACCGUUGUUCACCUUGGAAUGAAGAAUCUUUUAUACCAGGAAAUGUUGGCAUUCUCUGAGGAUCAAUGGUACCUUGCAGAAAACCUAAGGGGAAUAUCUUUUGGCUGAUCGGUGUCUCUGAAUCCAAGAUAUGUCCAUUUGCAAGUGGAGACAGCAAUUUCUUUGGAUUACUGGAUUAUUGGGUUUUUUUGAAGUAGGGAUUAUGAAAUAGUGGUUGCAUUAUGCCACGCUGAGUCUUAUUGCUGCCACUCUUUAUGACAACUUCUAGUCAGCUAUUUUUGACUAUGGAUCUUCCACACAUCAAUUGUUUUACCCUUCCAAGAGGCAACUAAUAGUUUAAGACUGAAAAGGGAAAAAUGGAUCCUGCUUUCUUAGUCUCAGCUCUUCCUGGCACUCACCUUGACCUUGGAAGAUAACAGACCAGAGGCAAAACUGUCUAGUCUCCCAGUUCUGAUGAGCACUGACUGUAGAGAAGAUGGACUGUUUAUAAACAGCAUGACUCCUUGAAGAGUGUCUCUAUAGCUUUCUUCUUCUUUUUGGAAAGUUUUUUUAUUGUUAUUGUUGGCAACAAAAACAAAAGACAAUUAAGAUCCAGAUAUGGCUCUUUCAUUGCCACUUAAGGAAUGUACUGUAUGAAAGCCCUACAGACUUCUUUUUUCUCACUCCAUUUAUUUAAAAAUAUUUUGGGGAUGUUUUGUUUUGCUUUUGCAUGUCACUGUUGCAUCUGUAUGAGUGUAAGUAGUGGAACCCUAUGAUUCAAAUGGACACCAGGGUUAGGUGCCAUACCAGAGAACCCAGUUCACAGAAGCAAAGACAGCAUUUGACAGCAAAGUGUGCCAUUAUGAUAAUGUCAAGAUUUUUUAAUAGAGUGGAAAAUAACUUAUUAUCUCUUCCAGGAACGUGUGAGUAGGUGUUUGGCCCAGGGGCGUGUAUGUCUGUGUGCAUGCACAUAUGUGUGCUUGUGUAUUGCCUGUUGUACAGAGCCACCUGUAAACAUGCAAACAGCAUUUCAAGAUAACUUGACAGGUUCUCGAGGAGUUGUUGAGUUACCAGGCCAGUGGGUGAGCUAUGCAACAGUAGCAAGAAAACGCACAUAGACACACACACACACUCCUGAAUGUUAUGGUUCUGUAUCUAUUCAUGUUAUUAUGUAGCUGCCACACUAACCUUAACAAAUAGUUCUCCAGCCAAGAGCAGGGGCACUUUCACUUUAGUUGUGGAGUGAUCCAUAGUGGUUCCAUAAUGGUGAUAAAGAGCAGCAUAGAUAACCAUUUGUCUUGCUGAGGCCUGUUCAUUAUUGAAGGAGCAGUUCCUUAAGGGAACAUAAGUGGAGAUGAAGUCUUCAUCCAUCAUCAGGUUGUUUUGGACUAAAUAAACAGCCUCUCUCUCCCCCCCCCCCCCCGGCCACCCCAGAAAAAUAAUUUUUGAAAGAUUUGUUGACUAAAAAUAGAAAUAUGCAACUUUUUAUCCAUUCAAUAAGCCAUCUGCAAGAGCUUUGGGUCCAUGUAUUGAUUGGUGAGCAAAUUCUUUAUUUUUUCACUGAAAUUAAUAGCUAGAUGAAGGUUAGCAAGUGGUUUGCAAAACAGCUCAGUGUUUUAGCCUGAGAAAAUCACUUUCCAAGGCUCCAAUAUAGUUCAUUGCAGUUAUAGCUUAACUUAUUCUAUGUAGGAGAGUUUGUUGAGUCCAGAGAGUUCAUUGUUAAUUUUCUGUAGACUAUUCUUGGAGCCAAGCUGAAUGCAGGAGUCUAGGGAAUGGACUGCCAUUCCACAUUUUGAGCUCAGCAGUUGAUGUGCUCAGCCUGCUUUCUGGUAGCAGAAGACUCUUCUCUAUUAAGAAAUGAUGCAUCAAAGCAAGCCCAAACAGGACAGUCAGACACAUAUGCCUUCAGGGGUAGGGGGGACUCAAGGAAAAGAAUGUGUAAAUAUUGCAUUAGAAAUGUUUGGCAUUGACCAUAGCCCUAAAAUUUAUUGAGAGUUCUUUGUUCACCUUUGCCUCUUCUUCCUUCAGUUCUUUUGCUUUCCUAUUUUUAAGAUGAUUUUUGUUGGUCUGAUGAACACAACAUUGAAGAUCAAUAUUCCUUAGCUCAUGUGGGUUGUGCUGAUGGCAGCACGGUCAAGGAGCCAGAGGGCAUACUGUGGACUGCAAACCAGGCAUACUGUAUUUGCAGCCAAUGUACUAAACAUGACUUAGAUAAAAGCAAAAACACACAGAUACUAUCCCGUCCCCCAAAUAUCCAGAUAUUAAUCAAGAACCAACCUUCAUUUUUUCCUGGUCACAGAAGAGACAUCAACAGGACAUUCUUAACACAGCAGACCUCUGUACAUUAAGAAAUUGUUCUACUCACAACCUCACCGGUUGAUGUUUGUCCAGGUUUCUUGCUGUAUUAACUUUGUGAUGGAUCUAUGUAUUAAAUAUAUAUAUGUAUAUGUAUAUGUAUAAAAAGCUGGCUCUUGCCAGUGAACAGGUCUUCAAAGCAGUAUUUUUCUUUUACAUGACAUUUUCAUAACCAGAAAGAAGCAUUCCUGAAUAAUAAUUAGACAGAUUAAAAAAAGAGAGAGUGCAUUUAUUUUUUUGUAUCACUACAAGCACGUUGGAAUAUGCAAGGACUAUGGUUAAAGUUAGAAUGUAUGAGGCAUAUGAUAAUUUAGUCCAUACUGAAAAGAAAAGAAAAAUCUUAACAGUACAUUGCUUGGGUUGCAGAUUUGAAUGAUCUCUCGGUUAGAAAUAUAGAUUUUCUAUUUUGUUUUAAUUUGUAAUUUUUUCUCUCUCCAUCAAUCGUAGGUACACAUAACUUAUGACAUUUAUUUAUGGUCUUUUAUACCUAGUUUGUAAAAUUGUAAAAUAGCAAACUAAAUGCAAAAGUUUGCAUUUGAAAAUAAUAAAGUAGUUGCUGUACAAAUCUCCAA